AUGUACAGUCGACUCCCGAUAACUCGAACCUUCAAGGGAAAACAGAAAAAGGUUCCAGUUAUCGGCAGUUCGAAGAAAAUAGCCGAGAGUAAGGUAAACAACAGUUUUUACUGCACAGUGAACAUUUUAAUCACAUUUAAUUGUACAAAUGUCAAGUGAAAAUUAAAAGAUACUUCUAGAUUAUAAAUCAGAGCGUAACAGUAACAAAACAUAGCCUAAAUAGAGCUUGCGUUUUAUUUUUUUCAGAAGAAAAGCUGCUUCAUGUUAGUCUGUGACAAUGAACAUCAGCCUCCACUAGUAAACUAUAAUCCUACAACACGUCAAUAGGAAAUCCAAAAUUCAAUGUUUUGGAAGCCAGUAGACGGCUUUUUUCCCGACUUUUUAAGGGCUCAAAACAUGGUUCGUGUUAUCGAGGGUAAAAUUAUAUCGAAAAUGACCUGAGGGGAAACGAAAAUUGGUUCGAGUUAGCGGGAGUUCGAGUUAUCGAGGGUUCGAGUUACCGAGGGUAACAUUACAGUGAAUAUAUGACGGAAAUCCAGGGGUAAUCGAUUUUGGUUCGAGUUAACGCGAGGUUCGAGUUAGCGAUGGUUCGAGUUAUCGGGAGUCGACAGUAUUAAUAAAAAUUCUAAGUAACAUGACUCGGAGGUUUUAGGGUGAAAAUUGCAAAUUUUUCACGACUCUGUUGUCUCGCAAUUCCCAGAAGAGACUUGAGCACAAAGAAAACCAUAGCAGAUAUAGACAAAUGACCAGAAGGCCUCGGAGUCAUGGUAGAAUUUUAAUAUAUCGAACGUAGCCAUUGGCAAAAAAUGGGCUUACCUCUUAUCUGUGUUAACCUAAUAAAGUUUUAGGAUUAUUUCAGGCGAAGAUGAAUAUUUCUUGCUCUUUCAAAACUUGGGGGCCAGAUCACUUAUCUGUACGUAAGGGGGUCUUAAAAUAACUUACUUAUCUUCACUAGAAAGUUUGGAUUAAGCCGGUAGGUAGCCUGCGUCGAAGACGUACUUUAACAUCGCUUAGUGACGUCUGCGAAGCAUCGCCGAGAUAUAUUCUCGUUGUAGGCCCCCAACGGACUCAACGAAUAACCGGAGGUGCGUUUGGAAUUUCCUUUAUUACUGAUUGGCAAAUUAACAACGUCUUUUUUCACAGGCCAAUCAUAGCGCGUACUCAAAUCCUGGUACACAGUUGGGGCCCAGAACAAGGAUUUAGGCGCUGUUUUGUAGACCGACUUCACCAGAGUUAAGUUUCGUCUGUGGUCCAGGCUAACUGGUACGUAGAUUACCAGUUUCAUGUUUAAAAUCGCAUCCUGCCCACAGUUGUAAGUGUAAAAUGUCUUGGGCAGUUUCCUUGCGAAGAAUAUUACUCAUAUUAUUCACUAAAGGGGUGACUCUGAAGAAACAAGCCGGUCAAAUUUAAUUGAUCUUAAGGUGUCGCGACCAUAUCGUUCUUGUGGCAACAAGAAACCAGGCUCCAGAGGGAAACAACACAACGAGAAGAUACUGGGAACCAGUAUAACUGAUCAUCUUUAAAGGAAAACUUAAUAGUUAUAUAUUAAAACACCUGUUAUACCGUUAAAGAGAUCCGUGAAAAAAUGUUACUGUGCCUUGUACUCGUCUUUGCCGAGACUGCAUCGGGCUUAAGCCGUAUUUCAGGAUCUCGUUUUCAACUUUGCUAAGGCGAAAGAAGGACGAAAGUUGAAUGGAAGCGUGAUAAAAGAAAUGCAAGUUGAUACGGAGGGUGCGUGUAGGCUUCAAUGUGUCAAUGACGAGCAAUGCCGCUCUUACAACUUUGGACUCAAGAAGCAUAAAGCUGGGAAUUUCCUGUGUCAGUUAAAUGGUUGCGAUAGAUUUUUUGGUUUUGGUAACUUUACAAAAGAUGACAAUUUCAAGUACAGAGGAAUAGAGGUAAUUAACCAUCAAAAGAGAAAUACUUAGUUAAGUUGUUUCGAUAUAGUUUUUCAGAAGACAUUCCCAUAUUUUUCAAUCGCUUUAAAAGUGAUUUUAUCCUUGUCUGAUAGCUAUAAAAGUUUCACCAAUGAUUGACUAUAGAUUGAAAUUUGUCAAAAUGUAGGUUUUAGUAAAAAUCGAUAUUACUAUGACAACAAUAAACAAAAAACUUUGAAAUUGAUAAAAGCCUAAUUUUGAGCGAUCUAGACCAGCUACUGAAAACCCAACACUAGGAACUUAAAGUUUGGUAAUUAGCAAAUAACCUCCGUGAGAAGAAAAAAAUUCUGCAUGUCUGAAUUCGACUAAAACGAAACUAUAUUUCAAACCUUAAAUUGUCAAUAGCCGUGAUAAAUUAUUUAACAAAACGUUAUAAAUGACUCAAAUUAUUCUUAAGUAGCGUCAGAAUGCUGCUUAAUAUCAUAUUUCGAUGCUCUGAAAUUUUGGUAUAUUUUCGUUCUUGCGAAACUAACCCGUUUUCUCACCACCUGUCUAAGUGCAACUUCAUUCAAAAAUUGGACUUUUAGCGCGUUUUUUGUAUAUCUCUGAAACGACUCGAACUCAUUUUUUUAAAAUCUCUUCACAUAAUCUCAAUAAUGUAUAAAAUAAUGUCUGAAACUUUCAUUAAGACUGAUUCACUUCAACACCUUGAAAUUUCAAGACAAACCUAUCCUACAAAUUGGUCAAAAAUCUGCGCUACAACUUUCACUGUUUUGACGUUAUGCUUAUUUUUACAAAUUAGUGCGGACAAUACAUAUAUCCAUGACUGCUACAUUUCAGUGUGAGUAUUGUUAAUGUUUUACAUUCAAAAGAUGCGAUAAAUUCAAACUAAAAUGUACUAGUCGUAGAGGUAUGUAUAAUGCACAUUAUUUUGGGAAAAUUAGCAUAACGUCAAAACAGUGAAUGCUGUAGCGCUGAUUUUUGACCAAUUCGUCGGAUAGGUUUGUCUUGAAAUUUCAACGUGUUAAAGUGAAUCAAUCUUAAUGAAAGUUUCAGACAUUAUUAUAUACAUUAUGAAGAUUAUGUAAAGAGAUUUUAAAACACUCGUUCGAAUCGUUUCACAGAUAUACAAAAAAGCGCUUAAAGUCCAAAUUUUGAAUGACGAUGCACUUAUACAGGUGGUGAGAAAACGGGUUAGUUUUCAACAUCGCAAGAUCGAAAAUACUCCAAAUUCCUAGCAGCAAAAGAUGAUAUUAAGCAGCAUUCUGACGCUACUUAAGAAGAAUUUGAGUCAUUCAUCACGUUUUUAAUAUAUAAUCUAUCGCGGCUAUUGAAAAUUUAAAAUUUGAAAUAUAUUUUCGUUUUAGUCGAAUUCAAACAUACAGAAUUUUUUACUUCUUACGGAGAUUGUUUGCUAAACCCCAAACUUUAAGUUCCUAGUGUUGGAUUUUCAGUAGCGGAUCUAGAUCACACCAAAUUCGGCUUCAUCAGUUUCAAAGUUUUUUGUUUGUUGUUGUCAUAGUAAUAUCGAUUUUACUUAAAUCUACUUUUUCACAAAUUUCAAUCCAUAGCCAAUUACUGGUGAAAAUUUCAUAGCGAUCGGACAAGGAAAAAACCACUUUAAAGGCGAUUGAAAAAUAUCGGUAUGGCCUCUGAAAAACUGUAUCGAAACACCUUAACAAUGGCAACAUGUACAAUUUUUUGCUAUUUAAAGAUAUUUUUUUUCCUUAACAGAGUGUCUGCUAGUCUGAAAGCUUUUUAUUAUUCAAAACUUUGACCGGUUUCAAACUUACUUUGCAACAACUUCCAACAACGCGCAACAACAUGCAACAAAGUGUGCAGACGGACGCAACAUAUAACAUCCAACAAUGUUGGGAGUUGUUGGCCAACAAUGUUGUGUUCGUUAGCACGGGGCUUUAGUUAUUUUCCUUGCCUUUAAAACAGAGUGUCUGCGAGUCUAGCAACGAGGACCUUUGCGGCGACAAAGGAAUCUGCAUCCCAGACUACUCCAAAGACAGCUUUACAUGUAAAUGUAACAAAGGCUACACAGGAACACGGUGCGGUAAGUUACAAACGUCUUAUCCCCUGGGUCUCUUCCACCUUGACGUAAGAUUCUAAUCAUUUGUGCAUAAAAUGUGACUUGAAGUUGUUUAUUUAUCUGUUAGCAUCUUAUUAUUCUGAUAUAGUCUUUUACUCGUUUUUAUAUUAAGUCCAAAGUUAUGGAGAGAAAAGCUUUCUCGUGGACCAAAGAAUGUUUAGCAAUUAUUAAAUUCGGCAUCAUAGGAUUCAAAAUAAUUCCAAGUUAAGAAACAAGUUAAAACAUCCUUACCUCCGUCGAUGUUAAGUUUAUAUCGAUAAUGCAUCUUUUUCGGGAAGUUUAGGAGAUAAGGGCUGUUCAGGUCUGCAAAUAUACUCCAAAUAGCAGAUGUCGUUCUUCGAGUUGUUUUCUUGCUGUUCUUGCUAUAUUUUUAGACAAUAGUUCGACGUGAAACGAGUAAAAUGUUCCGCCACCACUUACUUCGCCAUCACUCACUUCGAAAACAACUCAAACUCGUCCCCAGGUCUUCUCUGUUAACGGUUCAAUAACCUGCAUUUUCACCGCACUUUUGACGCCAUCGGUUCAAUAUCGCAAAAAUUUUCCAAAUUUGGUCAACAGUAGCUCGUUAUGAUGAAUUAUGCGAGUGAUUUUAGUCAAUCAGAAACAGAGAAAUAUUUUGAAUGAAUAAUAUAUAAUUUCAUAUGCUUGUAUUAAGUUUAAACAUAAGUAUAUUUGCAUAACCUAAAAUACUGUCAACUCUUUCUGAGACAGACAGUCAGGGCUUAUCCCAAAGAUGUCCUUCUUAGAAAAGGGCAUCGUGACACCAGCAAUUUUAAAGUUGAAACUAUACGCGAUGAAUAAACGUCUGUUUAACUUGCACAAAACAGGUACAGCUGGAACACUGCAACAAAAGUGGAGUUCUUUUCUCAUUGUGCAAUCAGACGUUCAUUACAAUCAAACCGCUUUCACGGCUUCGUGGUCUAAAAGCUUAACACUAUACGCUCUCUUAACUACCAGAGCAAAACUACUUAACAUAUCAAACAUUUUGCAGUUUAAGUUACUGUCAUGUAGAGCACCUACAUUUC